UUAUGUACACAGUAAACUGUGUUUGACAUUCUCCAAAUGAGCUGAAUUUAACAUUUGACAUUUUACGUCAAUCGAACUAUUUGGCAAUUGACGUGGAUUGUUGGACAUUCACUUUGUUCUGCUUUCAAAAUUACAAUAACAUAGACGAAUACAGAAGGGAGAAGAAAAAAUGAAUGAGCAAAAUAUUCCAAUUGACAUUCACAUCGGAAAGUUGCUUGAAUGGUUGGUGAGUCGCCACAUCGUUAGCAAGACAUGGCACACACGAAUUCCAGAGAUCCGGAAUAAAAUCGCUCAUGCCAUCAAUGAUAUGCCAAGUCAUGAGCAACUCGUUAAACUCUUAUCUGGAACUCAUAUUCAUUAUUUCCAUUGUGUACAAAUUAUUGAAAUUCUAAAAACCACCGAAGCGGAUACAAAAAGCGUAUUUGGCCGUUACGGUAGUCAACGUAUGAAAGAUUGGCUUGAAAUAUCGCGGCUAUAUGAGCGCGAUAGUGUAUAUUUGGGCGAAGCCGCACAAACUCUCGUCCGAAAUGUACAAUACGAAUUGCCAAGUAUUAAAAAACAAAUUGCAAAAUUCGAUCAAUUGAUCGAUGAGGCUCAAAAGAAAAUCCAAGAUCAAACGGCAACUGAAGCCGUUCUGAAUGCUCAACGAACGGCUUUGUGCCAGAAAUUGGGCAUUAAAGGCGAACAUUUACGCGAAGAGUUUUUAGAUAAACUAAAAGAUUUGCCCGGAUUACUCGAUGAAAUCACGGUAUUGGCGAAAAAAGUAAAAGAAGCUACACAAAUAUACGAGAAAGCAUCGAAAAAUACCGAGUGUUUGCCCAUUUUACGUCACAUUAUUGAGAAAGGCAAUACAACCGUCUAUGAAUACAUUCAUCAUGAAGCUCCGUUAUCGAUUGAAGAGCCACCCGUUGACAUAAAAUUGACGAUUGAUGAUAAUGGAGUCAUCGGUACUGCGAACGAAAUCGAUUUUGGAGAGGGUGAAAUUGACUUUGGAAACGAUAUCGAUUUUGGUAACGUUGAAAAUGAGGUGACUCUGGAAACAGGCGAUAUUGAUUGGGGAGUCGAUGAACCAAACGCUGAUGCAAUUGAUUUUGAUAUUUCAUUGAAAGACAGUGGCAUUACAAUUGAAAGUAGCGGCAUGGAAGGCGGUGUGGCAAGAAACAAUGAAGCAUUAACUGUUCUUGAAAUUUAUCGUGAACACUUUUUGGAUGAGUUAUUUGAGUUGGAAUCAUUUUUGAAAAUGCGUCAAUUCGAAUUAAACAGUUUAGAAAAUUCCAAUACGGCAACUUUUUUGUUUCUGGAGGGCAUGGAUGACCAUUCGGCAAAAAGCAUUUCACCAAUAUUGACUGAUGUACAAGCUGUUUUGGAAAAGGCUACUGAUGAAUUACUACAACAUCUGCACCAGCUCAAACAUUCUGAAAAAUAUGGCGAUAUAUUGGCUGGAAAGUUGCAGCAAAAGGUGGUUUCCGUGCAGAAAAUUGAACAGACGAGAAAAUUACUAAAGGAUAAAAUUGAGCAGUUCAAAAAUGAAAAGGCUGGCAUACAACCAUUAGUUGGCAAAGUAACUGAACAGACCAAACAACUUCAGAGCAAAAUUGAAGCAGACAUUUCAAAACGGUACAAAAAUCGACCGGUUAAUCUUAUGGGCGGAAUAAAUGCAUUUUAACUUGUCUGUUGAACUCUGAAUAAAUACCAUCAACGGUUUUUUGUAUUCGAUACAUAG